AUGAAAUUAAUCGUUGGUCUUGGUAAUCCGGGUAAAGAAUAUGAAAAUACUCGGCAUAAUUUAGGUUUCAUAAUUGUUGAUAGAUUGGUCCAAAAAUUAAAUGUUGAAUUAAGUAAAAAAAAGUUUAAUGACAAUUUGUUGGUAAUUUAUGACGAUAUUGCCUUGCCGCUAGGAAAGUUUCGUUAUCGUAGCCAAGGUUCAGCAGGCGGACACAAUGGAGUAAAAAAUAUUAUUGAAGUAUUGGGAACUCACGUUUGUGCUAUGCGGAGUAAAGACCCCAACACCCAGGUAGGAGCAGUAAUAGUUAAUCAGAAUAAGGAAAUUGUUGCUACUGGUUAUAAUGAAACCAAAUAUCCGUAUGUCGUUCAUGCUGAAGCUAACGCUAUAAUUCAUGCUCGCCAAAAUUGUCAGGGUUUUUCGCUGUAUACCACUCUUUUUCCCUGCUGCGAAUGUGCUAAAUUGAUUAUUCAAGCAGGAAUAAAGCAUAUUUUUUACUCUCAUGAUAAAUAUAAUGAAAAGGAAGAAGUAAUGGCAGCAAAAAGAAUGUUAAAAGAUGCGGGGGCUGAAUAUGGACUGGUUGUGGCCCCGAAGAUAGUUUUUGAGAGAUAA